GAAUGGGAGGGGAAGCAGCUGCUACUUAUAGUUUAUUUCCAGUCCAGCCUGCUUCUUGCUCACUAGGCGCGCGCGCGCGCGCACACACACACACACACACUGGUGUUUUGGUGGUGGAGCACAUCAACUGGACAACAAAGGGACGCACAGGGGGUGGGGGGCUCACUGCAGCCAGAAUAGGAUCACACGUUACCACCAUCCAGUGUCAGCGACAAGCUCACUGAACUCUUUUUCCACAUCUGGUUGGGAAAUAAAACAUCAGUCAGGCUGGAGGUGACCGUCACAGAAGCGUUAAUUGGUCGUGUAGGAGGUUAUUUUCAGACAGCGCACCAGCGACGGACACCGGCUGGCUACUUUAUCAGCCGUCCAAACCUCUCCUCGACAGUACAGCCAUACUUGUGAGCCUCGGCAUCGAGAUGGAGAUGGAGCAUUUCGACGAGCGGGACAAAGGUCAGAGACACAGCCGGUCCAGUGCGAAGAUGAACGGGGUGCUGAGUCCCACACACAGCGCCCACUGCAGCCUGUACCGGACCCGGACCCUGAAGACUCUGACCGCGGAGAAGAGAGCCAAGAAGGUCCGCUUCUACCGCAACGGAGACCGAUACUUCAAUGGGAUAGUGUACGCCAUCUCCACAGACAGGUUCCGGACCUUUGACGCCCUGCUGGCGGACCUGACCCGCUCCCUGUCCGACAACGUCAACCUGCCCCAGGGCGUCCGCACCAUCUACACCCUGGAUGGCUCCAAGAAGAUCACCACUAUUGACCAGCUGGUAGAAGGUGACAGCUACGUGUGCAGCUCCAUCGAAGCGUACAAAAAGUUGGAUUACACAAAAAACGUUAAUCCCAACUGGUCAGUGAACGUCAAGGCCUCAGCGGCGUCCUCCCGUGGGCCUCCUUCCCUGGGCAGUGCCAUGGCCGGCGCCCCCGAGAGCCGCGAAAUCAAGGACUUCAUACGUCCAAAGCUUGUGACAGUGGUGCGGAGCGGCGUGAAGCCCCGCAAAGCUGUGAGGAUCCUGCUGAACAAGAAAACGGCCCAUUCCUAUGAACAAGUCCUGACUGACAUCACCGAUGCCAUCAAGCUCGAUUCUGGAGUGGUGAAGAAGAUCUACACGCUGGAGGGCAAACUGGUGUCGUGUCUGCAAGACUUCUUUGGCGAUGAGGACAUUUUUGUGGCGUGUGGACCGGAGAAGUUCCGCUACCAAGAUGACUUGAUGCUGGAUGAGAGUGGGAAACAGCUACUUGAUCCCAUAGACAUCAAAUGUGAGCAGAACACAAAAUGGCAUCCCUGGUGGACAAAGUGUCGUGUGGUGAAGUCAGUGAACUAUGGGAAGAUGUCUGGCUCUCUGAGCCGAGGCUCCCCCAGGACCGUUGUCCAAUCACAACGCAGCAAGUCCCCUGCAUCUGUGAAUGGGACGCUGGCCAGUCAGCUGUCCACUCCUCAUUCGGGAAAAUCUCCCAGCCCCUCCCCGACCAGCCCAGGCAGCCUCAGCCGACGCCGGGGGUCCCAGGGUUCUUCUACCUCUCUGUCUUCCACUAAAGUUUCCAGCUCAGUGGAAGAUGGGGAUGGACUUGUUACUGAAGCUGAAGUUCUAGUCGAUGAGGUUCCAGCUGUGCCGUCCUACAUAUCAGACCGCUACAAGGUGGGACGCAUGUUAGGCGAUGGGAACUUUGCAGUCGUCCGGGAAUGUGUGGAGCACUCCACAGGACGGGAGUACGCUCUGAAGAUCAUCAACAAGGGCAAAUGCAGAGGCAAGGAACACAUGAUCCAGAACGAGGUGGCCAUCCUCCGCAGGGUCAAACAUCCAAACAUCGUCCUGCUCAUAGAGGAGGUGGACACUUACAAUGAACUUUAUCUAGUCAUGGAGCUGGUCAAGGGGGGAGAUCUGUUCGAUGCCAUCACCUCUGCCAACAGAUACACAGAGAGAGACGCCAGCGGCAUGCUCUACAAUCUGGCCAACGCCAUCAAAUACCUCCACAGCCUCAACAUUGUGCACAGAGACAUCAAACCAGAAAACCUGCUGGUGUAUGAGCAUGCAGAUGGCAGCAAAAGCCUGAAGCUGGGAGACUUUGGUUUGGCGACUGUGGUGGACGGACCCCUCUACACUGUCUGCGGGACCCCGACAUAUGUAGCACCUGAAAUCAUUGCAGAAACAGGGUAUGGCCUUAAGGUGGACAUCUGGGCAGCUGGAGUCAUCACCUACAUCCUGCUGUGUGGUUUCCCACCCUUCCGAGGGAGCAGUGAUGAUCAAGAAGUGCUUUUUGAUCAGAUACUAAUGGGACAGCUAGAAUUUCCUCUACCGUACUGGGACAACGUGUCGGAGACAGCCAAGGAGCUGAUUCGAUCCAUGCUGGAGGUGGAGGUGGAUCAGAGAUACACUGCCCUCCAGGUGCUAGAGCACCCUUGGGUCACUGAUGAGGGUCUAUGUGAGAAUGAUCAUCAGUUGUCAGUAGCAGGGAAGAUAAAGAAGCACUUCAACACCAGUCCGAAGGUCAACGACACCACUGCAGGAGUGUCAGUCAUUUCUGCCACCCCUCUUGAUAAGGAGGGGCAGGUUCUCAGACGAGGAUGCCACCCGGAUGUGAAGCCACUGCCUUUGCAGAUGAUGCCGACGGUGACAACAGUAAAAACAUCAACAACAACAACACUACGGGCAGAGCCUCCCAGUUGCCUCCCUGGCUUGCCCGUGGCCCCUCACUCUCUGACCCCUGACACUUGCCCUGACCCUUCCCCGAACCCCAGCCUCUCAUCUGACUCUGAUGACAUCUCCUUCAGCUCAGCCAGUAUCGACUGCUCCCCCAACUCGCCCUUCUAGAGAGGAUGCGGAGGGGAGGAGGAGGAGGUAGCGAGGAGGGAAAAUCCUCAUCCAGCUCCUCCCUCUAUAUGGAGGAGGAGGAAGAGGAGACGUCAGCUUCCCCACAGCCUCUCAUCUAAGGCUGGGGGUGAACAGGGGAAAAACUGUGGAGGGAAAAACAAAAAAAUCAGAGAAAACUUUUAGCUUUCCUGAAUCCAUCUUUCCAAACCUGGAGGAGAGAUCGAUCAAAGAUCAUAGAGACAAAAAAGAGGGUAGAGAGGUUGGGAGAAAGACUAAAGAGGCAACAAGAAACAAAGAUCAUGUGGAAGAGGGAAAAGGCAGAAUGAGGUCAUUUAUUUCUUUUUAACGUUCUCUCAUCUGAGCACAUGUUGCAGAGCUCAAGGAGCGAGAAAGGGCGACAGUAUUGUUUACCCUACAGUGAUGAUCCGGGCUCAACAUGGAAACUUCCUUAUGGUGGAGCAGCUCUACAAGGCAAUAUGAGAAUAUGGACCAAUGUUCAUGUUUUAUUGAACCUUAUUUAUUCAUUCUUUAUUCACUGCAUUUUUUAUAUGUAUUUCCCUUUUUCUUAAAGGAUAUCAUUUUGUUGAUUUGUCCUCAGAGCUUGAUGGAUCGAAAAGAAUAGAAAAAGUGUGUAGAAGUAGAGCUCAGAAAUUUUGAAGUACGCUACCGUAGACUUGAUGAACAUUGUAACGUGGGAAAGCUACAGUAUGUAGAGAAAGGAGUUCUUCUUACAAAUGUGUUGAAAACAGUGUUCAUUGAAAAAGAUAAAUGAAAAUCAAAGACAGCACUUGUGCUAUAAUUCUGUGCUCCACACAGUACUGGCGUUGCCUUCCUGUAAUGUCGGAUUGCAGUAUUACAGUUUACAUUUUACACUGCUAUUAAGACAAUAAUGGUGCAUUUGAUUCCUCCUUGUAAUUCUGUUAACUGCUUCGUUCAUGACAUCUUGAUACACAAAAUUCAGCAGCAUUCGGGUGCUUGUGUAGCAAAACUCAACAUUUGAACCAUUUUUUUCCUCAAUGCACACAUUUUCACAAUCAUUAUGUAUUGAUAUCAUCUCAAUCUGGUUAUUUUGUGAUGCUCAUGUACACAUAGGAAGCCUUGUUUACAUUUUUUUUCCAACACUAAAGGCAUAUUUCAUCCACAUAUUCCAGAAGUAAAGAAAGGUAAAACUGUUGCAGGCAAGGUGUACCACUUGUAUGGGUUUGGAGAAAUGUUUUAGGUAGUAAACGUAUAGAAUUAACAGCUUAUGAGGGUUGUCUAUUUGCACAAAGUACUGCAGUCUAAGUGCAGUCAAACAGGUCUGAGAGAAAGACAUUAUGGAUGCCGGAGAACCAGCAGCACUCUUGGAAAGCAGUAAGCAGCAAUGGAUGUAAGAGGAUUUAUUUCAGCUCUGUACAACCUCAUUCAUGGCUUCAUUUAUUCAGAUGGAAGCAUGACAGACAUACAGUAGCCUAUUCUUAUAAAAAACAGUUUCGUGAUGAAGUAUUGUUUAUAUGUUAUGUAAAUAACAUAAUUUCCUUUAUUUUGAUAGUUCACAAUACAGUAUAUUUCUUUACUAGUAGUAAGUCUAUGAGAACUGUAAAAAUCAAACAAAAUAACAGUCAGUCAUAUAUGUGUAUCAGUCAGUCAGCAAAGAAAAAAAUUAUCUAGAGGAGAUCAUCAGGUCGAAAUGAAACAAUUCAGCUGAGUUGAAGAAGACCACUUUGACCUGACGUUGUGCCACCUGGAUGAAUCUACAAAGAAAAAUCUAGAGUAGAAGAAGAGACCACCCUCUUUGCUUCUUGUCAGACACUGGGAAUGAUGUCACUUCCUUUGCAAAAGCAACUGGUAAAGGGAUUUCCACUAACUGAUGUGAGAUAAAAGAGAGGAGAAGCCAGAGGAGUGAGAGAAAUGCAGAGCGAUUUCAGUUUUUUUUUUUUUUUUUUUACAGAUGAUCUCCCUGUAGUCGUCACUGUUGUCUGUAAGUUUCUGUAUUUAUUCUCAUCAUCACACAUAUACAGUAAUGUGCCGCCAUAUUGACCAGAUCAGUAUGAAUUUGUUGUGCUGUUGAAAUCCACUCUCUCCAGCACAUGGGCACAUGUGGUUUACCAAAGUGCUCUCACAGCUUCACCACAGUAUUACAAUCUUUUGCAAUACCAAUACCUGUACCUCUGUUCAACAAUGGUCUAUCAAUAAUAAUAGUAAUAGUUAAAACAUGUUUCAAAAAACAAAUUGUCUGUGUCUUUUGUAGAGCUUUAAUGUGAUUUAAUGUGUUUAGUUAGUGUAAGAUUUUUAAACCUCAGUCUGUAGAGUUCAGUGGCUUUGCAGUCCUCUUGCUGCAUGACUGGAUUACUGGCCAGACAUGCACAACUCAUGUGGGCACAGACCACUAGGGAUCCCAAAAUCUGAGUUUGCUUCAUACAGAUUUAUUUAACUGUAAAUGUGUCCUGUCAAAUAAAUGCACAUCAUCCCA